AUGUCCUUGACUACAGAUGAUGGAAAUACAAAUUAUAUACUGCAAUCAUGGCAGUUUUUUGCUUUAUUGCCUACAAAUACUUUUGUGAUGCCAAAAAUAUUUUUAUAUGUCAAGCAUCUGCCACCUCGCAUAUUAUAUGAAGAACAAAUAGUACGUGAAAUCUCAAAACCAGGUGCUACAACUAAUCCAAGUAAAAGACACCGAGAGCGACUGAAUAGCGAAUUGGAAACAGUCGCUGCCUUGCUGCCUUUCGAUCAAGCGAUAAUAUCUAGACUUGAUAAACUUAGUGUAUUGCGAUUGGCAGUAAGCUAUCUUCAAAUCAAAGCACAUUUUCAAGUAAUUAUUGAACAAAAGCAAAAUUAUUUUGGCAAACAACAAAUUCAGCCAUUAUAA